UGACGAUAACGUUCUAAUGCAAAGACUAUUUGGAUUUAAUCAAGCGAAAGCACCUAAAACUAGUUUAAAUGACGCAAUAAAGAGUACAGAAACUAGAGCCUCGUCAAUUGAAUCAAAAGUGAAGAAAUGUGAUCAGGAGUUAGCGCAAUUUAAGCAGCAGAUGAAUAGGUUACGUGAUGGUCCAGGAAAGCGAGCAGUACAACAACGCGCAAUGCGUGUACUACAACAAAGAAAAGUCUAUGAAGGUCAACUUGAACAACUUCAGCAACAAACAUUCAACAUGGAGCAAGCCCAGAUGACAACAGAGAACCUCACUGGUACUAUGGCGACUGUAGACGCUAUGCAGACCGCCAAUAAACAAAUGAGGAAGCAGUACGGCAAGAUCGAUAUCGAUAAGAUCGAUUCCAUUCAGGAUGAUAUGCAGGACCUAAUUGAAUCGGCUACAGAAAUACAGGAGACUCUAGGUAGAUCGUAUGGUGUGCCAGAUGAAAUUGAUGAGGCUGAUCUUGAAGCUGAACUGGAUGCACUAGGCGAUGACCUCAACGAGAUCGAUGAAACGCCGUCGUAUUUACAGAAUCCAGAUAGUAACCCCCCUGAGACAAUCCCCGAGCUUUUGGAAACACCUCAACAAGACGCCACUGCACAGAAACAAGCACAAGCUAAUCAAUCGCGUAGCGAGUCUGCCGUCGUUUAGCUAUCUCUACUCUUUCUUGAUUGCGGCUUUGACGUGAUCAAUAUAAUCAUGAACACCAAUCCACUACAAAUUCAUCUCAUUAGCUUUCUUUCUUUGUAUACGUUGAUCAACAAACUGAAAUACC